CCUGAUCGAGUUGAUAUUUUAUUAAUAGAUGGUUUCUUUUUACUACAUACUAUGAAAAAUGUCCCAAAAACAUUCGGAGGUAUCUCUAAAAAAAUGCUCCUACUGGUAACACAGUUUGCAGCCACAAGAUACGACGUUAUUUUUGAUCAAUAUCUAUCUCCUUCGAUCAAAGAUUACGAAAGAGAUCUUCGCCGAGAGUCGACUCAACUGGAUUUUAACAUUACUGGCCCCGAUCAAGUUAGACCAUCAGAUUUUUUGAAAGAAUUAAAAAAUAUUCAUUUUAAAGAAGCCCUCGUAGAGUUUUUUAUUCAACACUGGGCAUCUGAUGAAAUGGUACCAUUCGUUGAGAAUAAACACAUACUUAUUAACUUUAAGCAAUGUCAUUCCUACGUAGUUGAUGAUAACAAAAUUGUGUCAACUGUAGAUGACAGUUUAUCAUGUCCAGAGCAUGAAGAGGCAGACACAAAAAUCGUCUUUCAUAUUUGUAAUAUUGACGUUCAGGCAAAUUUUGUUGUAAGAUGUUCUGAUACCGAUAUAGCGAUUAUUAUGUUAGGACAUAUGCAUAAUUUGAAAGACGAUGGUUCCAAUGUAUGGUUAAACGCAGGCACCGGAAACAACCAAAGAUAUAUUAAUUUGACAAAAGUGUACGAGAACUUGGGAUCAACUUUGUGUCGAAGUUUGCCAGGAUUUCAUGCAUUAACCGGAUGUGACUAUAAUCCUGCCUUUUUUAAAAAAGGUAAACAAAGACCAUUUAAAAUAUUAAUGAAGAGACCUGAGUAUCAGCAAGCUUUGAUGCACUUUGGUGAUCCUGAAUUAUUAACCGAUGAGCACAGACAAGAAGAUAUUUUCAAGACUAUUCAAAAGUUUAUCUGUGAAAUCUAUAGUGUUCCUGAUACAUACGAUGUUAACGCUGCCCGUCUUCAGCUAUUUUUAAAUAAUUACAGCGUAUCUAAUAUAAAUGAAGAAUUUAACCGUAAAAAUUCAAAAAACUUUGAUGCAAGCAGCUUACCACCGUGUAAAACUGAGCUAUUUCAACAAUUUCUACGAGCUAAUUACAUUUCUAGCAUAUGGAAUUAUGCUCAUGAAAAACAACCAACCAUUUUUACUCCUGAACAAAAUGGAUGGAGGUUAGAGGAAAACCAGUUUCACUUUCAUUGGUUUGAUGGUGACCAAUUACCAAGGGACGUUGGUGAAUCUCUUCAACAAUCAGAAGAAGAUGUCAGCAACAACAUAACUGAUGACGAUGAAGAUGAUGACUUAGUUGGACAGUAUCGUGAUUGGUUAAAUGAUGAAAAUUCAAAUAAUUGUUAUGGUGAUUGCGAUGAUUAAACAAUAAAAUAAAUGCUUAUUUUAAUUAAUUAUG